CGCACACGGGCACACGCAGACACACAUGGGCGCGCAAAACACCGCGAGCGCGCGCGCCACUAGAUGUUUUGGUAGCGCACAAACCGGUAAACUAUGCGGGAUAUUUCUGAGAGAAUGGACAUGAUUUGCUUGUGAUAAGAGGUGUGGCGCCCCCGAAAGCUCGCGCCUGACCGCGAAAGCAGCCCUUUCAACGUGACUCUUCUUUUUUGACCUGCACUUAAUUGCGUCGGAGCUUUUUGCUCCCGGUGGCCGCGCGCGUAACUUUUCAGACGAGGACAAAUAUUUGGAAUUUGAAGGGCAUUUUUGGCACCAGACGGGACACCUCAUGGCGCGCGGCGGGCGUCCGACGUAGAAGCUUCCAAAAACAAGUGGCUUUCUCGUAGUGUGGGAUAAGAGGUGUUAUAAAAGCGCGUGCAGGUCGCUGAAUGGAAAGCCGCGGUUACGUGCUGGCCGAGUGGAGCGCGUUCAACUGGAAGGGGGAACGGGAAAAAAAAGUUUGUAAGUUUCCACCGGCUUCCCAUCACUCACCAUGAGUUCACCGGCGCUUUUCCAGACGUGGACGGUUUUGAUGUUGGGGAUUUUAAGCGGGGCCGUGAGUGCUGAGGUCCCCACGUUCAGGGUGCUGAGGGGCAACACCCGGAGGGACGACUUGUACCGCAAAGAGGAAAACAUCACAGUAACGGCAGUGGGCGGAGCCAUCCAAAGCCCGCGCUUCCCAAACGCCUAUCCCCGCAACUUGCUGUUGUCAUGGAAACUGAUAUCACCACCGGGGAGCCGUAUACACCUGGAGUUUGACGGACACUUUGGCCUGGAGGAGCCCGAUAAUGGAGCGUGCAGGUAUGACUUUGUUGAAGUGGAGGACCGAUCAGAGACCAGCACUAUAAUUUGGGGGCGCUGGUGUGGGCUGAAGGCCCCGCCCAGUCUCAACUCCAAGAACAACAUGCUCAGAGUCACCUUCAAGUCCGACGACUACUUUGUUGCCAAGCCGGGAUUCAAAGUCUACUACUCACUGGUGUAUGAUUCCCCUCUGCCUGCCUCCAACACCAACUGGGAGGCUGCCACAACGCUCAUGUUGGACAGUAGCGGAGGGCGGAACCCGGCGGCGGCCACAGAGGCUCCCUUCACACUGGAGGAUUUGGACCGGACCAUCGCUGCCUUCGACACCGUCGAACAGCUUCUCAGAUCCCUGAGCCCAGAGACCUGGAGACAGGACCUGGACACCAUCUACACUCAAACACACAUCCAUUAUCAAUCCCGGGCCUAUCAACUGGCAGGCAGGCAUAACAAAGUUGAUCUGAACCGUCUCCACGAAGACGUCAAGCGCUACAGCUGUACGCCUCGCAACUACUCCGUGAACCUGCGCGAGGAGCUGAAGGCCACCAACGCCGUCUUCUUCCCCCGAUGCCUGCUAGUCAAACAAUGCGGAGGCAACUGUGGCUGCGGAACGGACAACUGGAAGAACGGCUGCACCUGCGAGGCCUCCAAGAAGACACUGAAACUACACGAGGUGCUGAAGUACACCCCAGAUGUCAGUCCGUAUCAGCGCCACCGGAGGCCGCGGGUGCGCUGGGUCAUAGACGAGAUCUUCCUCACACACCACGAAAGGUGCGAGUGUGCGUGUCCCUCCCAACCCCCCCGUUGACACAUCCGAACUGGCACACCGUUCUGGCGUUGUUGGACAAUUUCUUCUUUUAUGUAUUUCGCAACUGACAACUAGUCGUAACGACGGCAGCGCAGACGCGCCCAGAAAAGAAGAAGGCACACGUUAGACCUGACAAAUUGGCUGCUUUCAUUAUAAACACGACGUCCGUUGUUGCAAGUAAACCUUCAUCUGUACGCAGGACAAACCUGUAGAUGCAAACAUGUUGGCUGUUUAAGUUUUUGCUGUUUCAAUCCAUUUCUCUCCUCCAAUAAACAAAAAAAAAAUGUAAAUACCAUAUGACAGGAAGAAAUAAUUAUAUCAGUGCUAUAUCAAACGUGCGUUUACUUUUUCAUGACGUAAAUAUUACCUUGAUUGAAUUGAAAUUGAAUAGACCUCAAGUUCAAGUUUUUUACUGAGUACUUGCAUUCCUCUUUAUUAUAAAAAGGGUGUUUGUAGAUACUUACGGCACCGGUUGUGCCAGGAGCGUGCUGAGAUGUGUGAGUGUGAGACAGAAGGAGGGAGGGACACGGAUUGGACAAAGUGUAAACUAAACUAACACGUUUGUGUUUGUUUCUUAUUAGCUUAGACCAACCAAUGAUCCUACAGAUCUCAAAUGCGCACCAGCACGUUAUAAUGUAUUUCCUGUCGGCCCUUCCAAACACUUCCUGCUCAUUUUUUUCCCCCUGCGCUCAACACAUCCGUGGAGAUGUCAGGUCGGGCAGCUGCUCUCGGCCCACUUUUCUGAACAUUCCUGGCAUUCCGACCGCCGAAUGGAAUUCUGCUAACAUGAACCAAAGAGAUAUUCAGAGCGUGAUCACAUACUGUAAGAGGAGAGGCAGCUGACAGAAAGAAGGCACAAUCAAGCUACCUAUCCGUAGAUUGCCAGCACUUCUGGAUAGCAGAUGAGAGAGGAGCCGCUUUUAAAGGUAGAAAAUAAAAAGGAUUGAAGCUACUUCAGUGUUUCCAACGAGCGCGUUCAUGCAUUCGGCUCGCCUGAUUUUUGUUUUUGUCGAGCGGCUCUUUCCCUUCUCACGAAGAUGCUCAAAUGUAUCGCAAUCUGACCCGUAAGACCAAAAAAAAAAAAAAGGGAAAAAGGGUACUGUUCUAGGGUCGCUGCCGAAAAUAAAACUGAUACUUGUGUGUGUAUGUGUGUGCGUGUGUGUGUGUGUGUGCGUGCGUGUGUGUGUGUGUGUGUGCGCCAGCAACCGCUCAGGAAGAGGUCCUUUUGUUCAAGGGGCGGAGGGUUACCGACAGUCUGCGAGAAGCCGGCAGCAGACACAGGCGUGUGAACGCUCGCCAUGUGACUGUGCGUGCAAUCGCCGGCAGCGAGUAUCAAAGCAAUAGAGAAAGUGCUGCUUAUCUUUUUUUCCGAAUACGUGACCUGAGCUCUGAGAAAUAACACAAAUCAGGGCCGAUUUAACGGGGAUUGAACACACUGAUAUUUUUUCAAGAGAAUAACCGGACACGGAGGCCAUUCACCGGUUACAAUGAGAGCCGAUCCGCUGGGUGCCGGCGGGCGCUUUAAUGUCGCUGGGGUCAUUUGGCAGGCGGUGGAUACAAAACACUUAAGUAGAUUGUCUCGGGUCGUCUGGUAUCCACAUUCCAGGUAGUUCGACCCAGACACACUUCAGCUUCGUCUCAAAGCGCACCCUCACUUUAGUUUGAAACUUUUUUUCCUUCUCUUCUUCCUUUUAUCCCAGUGUGCUGCAACUAAAACCCUGUCAAACACAAGGCUCACACAGCUUGGCUGUUUUGUUCAACUUUAACAAAAGGACGGUUUGCAGCUAAAUUAGGCCGAUCUAAUUUCCGUAUACGAGCCAGAAAACGCUUCAUUUUACAAGAUGCUUUGUUGUAAAAUGUAUAGUUCCUCGAGCAAGAGUUUUUAGAUGCUCUGCUUCAAAUGCAUCAUGCAUUUUGAAUUGAUAUGAGGGAUGCGCGUGUGUGUGCGUGUGUGUGCGUGCAUCCUGCAUGUCAGCACAUUCCAUUGUUGCAUUCUCCAGAGUGACAUUCCCCUUCAUGCUCAUAACUGCUUUGUUUUGUCCUCCAGCUAUUUACAUCAAAGACAACAGCACAGAUAUAUAUAAGCCUGGUUGUAAAAUUGUUUGGAUUGUUGUUUUGGUUUGUUUACAUCAAAUAAGAGCAUUAACAACUGGUAUUGGACACAUUUCGGAUUUCCAUGCUUUCAUUUUGAUCUGAUCCCAAAACCUGCUGCAGUGCAUUCAGAAAAAUAGUCAUGAUGAAAAUGUACGGUUUAAAUAAAUAAUUUAUUGUUAUAGUGUUUUAAUAAAAAACAUCAUCCGGCUUGUUAUUAUAUAUAAAGUGUUUCUAGCAUCA